GAAAUAAAACUGUCGUUACUUUAGUUUCGUUAGUCUUGUUCUAGAGAAAGACAGCUCAUCCUAGUCCUAGAUAAACGUACUAAUGUACUUUAAUUUUUUGCGAAUUUUGAUGAUUAGACGCAUUAAAGCUUGUCAGAUUUGCAUAGACUUAAUUCCAGAUAAUAACGUACAUCGCUCAUCCCCAAAAUGUGCCAAAUUUUCCCCAUAAUUGGCAGCUUGGGAUAUACUUAGAAAAUUAGUUAACACUUGGUAAUUUAGCGUAAAAUUACUUAUUGCAUAUGUGACUGUUUCUUCUUGACUUUCAAAUAAGGCAUGAAAUGUUACAGAUUGCUCUAGAAAAUCAACAAAUUAUUAGUCACACAUAAGUUUGGGCUUGUAUAUGAGCAGCACAAUGUUAAUUUAUUAGUAACAAUAUGUUCUCUUUAAAGUAUGUGUGGUAUCACCAUGGAUAUGAGCAAUAUUUUUUAUAGUAAUAUAUUGCUUGUAUUUCACGCAUUAUGUUAAUGGAUGACAAAAUGUCAAUCUUAAGGUUUUCAAAUUAAAGUUCGGCUAACAUUUUGAAAUACUUUGAGAAACUUAGCUUUCGUUUGUCAUAAAAUUCAUCUAACGUAACUAAUAAUUUGACCUUUUACUCAGUAGCCCACAUUCUAGGACAAUAAAAUCUCAAUAUUUCACGCACACACGCUCAGAACAGACACGGACGUACGACGUAUGUGUGAAACUUUAAACUUCAUACGUUUCUUUUAAUGCAAUUUUCUUUUAAAAAGGUAGUCUCAGCUAUUAAUAUUAUAAUAUUGCUUGAAAUUUUUAAGGCUUAACAGUCAGCAAUUGGUGAUAAUAUUAUGCUAAGUGUGACUUCUGGAUCAUUCUAAUAUUUUACAUUGUUGGCUCUUUUUCUACCAAGUUUUAAGCUUACUUAUUACGUCAUGCUUCAAAUUGUCCUGUGAGCCGAUUUCCGUUCUUUUUAUUUGCUUUCGAACUUCACUUGCCGUUUUACCCUAAUUUUUAGUCUUUCAGGGAUCUUAUCUCAUCUUUCCUCACAUUUUAUUUUAAAAUUACCUGUUUUUAGCGAGUACAGAAUAGGAUUUUACCAAUUUUUAUCAACUGUUUUGGAUAAACGGAUCGUUUUGGUUUUACAAAAUGGAUUUAAAUGCAUACAAAGGAUGGUCUUCUGAACUUCAUUCUACAUACAAUCAACUUCUUGAAUAUGAAAGUUUUUUGCGUUUGUUUCCUGUAGAGGUUGCUAACUCUAUAGCCACCAGCACUGUAAUGAGUGUGAAGGUAGGAUGAUGUUUCAUUUAAUAGUACAGUGUUUAAGUUAAAGAAAACAAUUAUUUGUAGUGGAUUAUGUAUUUAUUCCAAUUAAACAAGCAACUAAGUUUUCAGUUACAAAAGUAAACUUAAAUUAUUAGUUACUGGAAAAUUCCCGUCAUAUUAAAACACAGUUAUGAAUAAAAUACAGAUUACUGCAGUCAUACGUCAGCCUGUUGUGGUAGAGAACAAACCAACUUUUAGCUGAGGAGGAAAUUAAGGAAAGAUAUUGGGUGUGGAUAGGACACACAUUAGGGAAAUUAACAAACUGCAUCACUAGGUAAGCGUUAACUUCGGAUCCUGAAGGGAAGCGAAAAAGUGGAAGGUCGAGAACCACAUUGCGUCGGGAAUUGGAAGCAGAUAUGAAAAGUAUGAAUAGCGACUGGAAACAACUGGAAAGGAUCAUCCAGGAGAGUGCUGGAUGGAGAAUGCUGGUGAGCGGCUUAUGCUUCUCUAAAAGGGGUAACAGGCGUAAGUAAGUAAGCAGCCGUACGUGAUUAUUUCAGUUGAAUAAUCAUUGGAAGCCUGAAAAUGAGAUAUCCUAUGGUCAUUCGUUCGUGACCAUCACUGAAUCGAUCUGUGACAGAACUGGAUUAAAUAUAAAGGACUUAAUUAACUGGUUGUUUAGCAUUUACAAUCGACUGUAUUGAUUAUUAUAGGUGGCAUUACAGUUAAGAAUUAACCUAUUUAGUUUUGUCAUAGUUUCUUUGGUGUAUGAUUAAUAAAUCAAACACAUAUUCUAUAAUCAAUCAUGUUUCAAAUUACUUCUAAUUGUCCUAUAAUUUUAUUCAAUAAUUUGUAUAUAUCAGGGCAACGCUUUACAGUAAAGAAAAUUUUAUUCAGUUGGCCGCUUUGUUGUCUCUUGAUAUCGAUUCAUUCAGAAGUCUUCAUUUGUGCUUCCAUCUUGUGAGCCUUCAUAUCUUAUCAUUACUUAUCGUCUGUUGGUCAGCCUUUUGCUCAUCCUUGUGAUAACAACUGUAUUCGUAAUCAGCCAUACUAAAACACCUUAAUAAUAAUAAACUCCAUCUGAAGUAAGGGUAUUAGGCAACUUUAUUAGUGUAGCUGAGCUGUUCUAUGAGGGUCUUUAUUACUUCUACAUAACAUCGUACCUAUUUUACAAUUAGUUAUUGCUCUUUGACUUUUAGGAUGUUGAUUUUUUAAAGGGCACUCGAAAAUCCAACUAGAUGAUAAUUGAACUGUUAUUCUUAUCACCAAUUUUUUGCCUCCCUAAUAAUAGUAAUUUAUUUUUUUCCGAUUCAAGCAACCUUUCGUAUAACUAUAUUGUCGUCUCAUUUCACAGACCUCAUUUCCUUUUGAUUAUUUGGAAACAUUCACCUACAUGUUUCGUGAAUACACACUUAAUCUGAAUAUUUAGAUUUCGUUGAGUAAUCAUUCACCCAGCUUAAAUUCACAGAUUUUGUUUCAAGACUAGUGAUACUAAACGGUUACUUAUGCUAAAUUAGGCUAGGGGAGUGUGAAACUUUGAUGCCAUAACCAUUAAACUACCAUUUCAUCCAUGUUGAUGAACUUUUGUAUUGAGGCCCUCUAUUCGGACUAUACUUUCAUGUUACGUUUAUGCAUUAUUGCAAAUUAUAUGCACUUAAUAAGAAACUAGUAAAAUUAAAUAAAUAUUACUAUUCCAAAUUAUCUGUAAUAGCAGUUAUACAUUUAGCAACUAGUCACGUGAACUUAUUGUGGAGAUUUUACCGUUUUAACAUGAUGGCCAUCAAUAAUACAGAACUUUUUGAUGCGUGAAAUAUUCCUGAAAAAAUUUUUAUGGAGGGAAGCAAAGGUAAACCAUCAAACAAGUGGUGAUUUUCAAAUAUUCCAGACUGUAUUCCCUGAAAAUAUCACCACUAAGUUUCAUACUCCAAGUCUUUAUUUCUCACAUUUUGCUAAAUAUUUUUGUAUAUAGACAUAUGAUUGUUUGAUAAACGAGAUGUCUUAUAGGUAAGUUGUGGACUUAAUAGCUCAGCGGUAACGUCUCAGGCUGUGAAGCUGGGCGACGCUUGUUCAAACUUCACAAAGGGCAUCACUCCCUUCAGCAUUAUAGUUACAUUUUGGUCAUGAAUUCUAAGUGUCAUGAGACCUAGAGCAGAGUUUCUUGCUGACUACUUCCAACUACCUUACGUUGUGUAUGUAUUAUUAGAUAAAAUCUUGCUAGAUGGUGAUGCAAAUUACUUACACGUUGACCAAUUCGAAAAUAGUGAAACUGUUUUCUAUCUUUUUCCUGUUUAUACGGGAACUUAUUCUAAUCAAAUUUUAGUGUGAUUGUUCAUGUACUCUUCUGUCAUCGUCUGGUGAUGUAGUACCUGCCAAUACCGAUGCGACACAUGAUGGUUCUGUUUCUCAUCGAAGCGAAUCUAUAUCUCUUCCCCAAAAUGUUUCUUCAGCACCGAAUCCGCGUUCAUCUUUUUCUGGUCAGACUUCCGUAGUACGUUUUGAUUCUCCAGAUGAACUGCGUUGGGUUAUGCAUGCUAUCACUUACGGACUGACUAUGUCAUCUGAAAAUUGGGACGUCAUCAAACAUAGUGCACAUAUUUACUGCUAUUGGAUCAAAUGUCUUAAUUCUUCAAUGCGCUCCACACAAUCAGGGAAUUCAAACUCACCAAUUCCGUUGAUUCUACAAAAGGAGCCACAACGUUUCUUAAAAUCGCUUUUGUUCUCCCUCACUUAUUAUUUCCUUCCACGUGAUCCAGAACCAUUAAGUGAUCAGCCUAAGUUAAUGUUUUCAACCCUUGGUCGAAGUUUAGCACCUCCACAAUAUUCGACUAGUGCCGACUCAUCAGAAGCUCCAUCUUCUUUUACAGUGAUCGAGUCAACACACUUAUCAGCGUUGCUAAAUAAGCAGUUGGAUAUUAUAAAACUGGUGGUUGUUGCAGUCGAAGAAUUGUGCUCAGUACCGACUCAGUUAACAUCUGACUCCUGGGAUUGUAUAUUGCGGUUUUGUCUGAUCAUAUGUCAUGCUAUUCUGUCACCACCUUUACAUUUACCAUCAGGAUUACUCCAGUCAUCUACCGGGGCUUCUCAGAUGACCAAUACUUUUAUUUCGGGAUCAGGAUCUGUUGGUGGACCUAAUUCUAUGGCUCUUUUGUCAAAUCAUUCCAGUUCUUCAGAUGUUAGGGGCACCAAGGAUUCAGCUACCUUAUUUGAAGUCAUAUCAGACUGCGUUUCCAACUUACUAUUCAGUACUUGGUUAAAAGCUUGUACUCAUUGUUUUCCUAAACCACAACUCUGGGUCGCAUUCAGAGAGUGCGCAAAAGUAUGGCGACAUCAUAAUGCGUUUAUUAAACAGUGGUCUCGUGUUUCCGUGGCACUAUCCGCUACUUUACUUGGUAUACUAAAUAAACCUACUAACUUAAACGCUUAUGCUUCUUUCAUUCAAUUAAUUCCAUCUGAUCUACCUGAUGGAAAUGCGAAAGAAUCUUGGAUUCGUAUGUUAUAUUUGAUCGACAAUCCAGUAGAUCUUAGUCAUGAACGUUUAAUCUGUAAUACACCGAUUUUUGAAGAAUAUAAGAAAUACAAUUGCAAUGAUAGAAUUCGAUGGACACCUGUUUAUUUCCCUUAUCUAUAUCAUCAAGCCCUACGUGGUCUGUCAAUGAUCGUGGAUGGAUUUUUGGGUAUUCAGCCAAGUCUUACAGUUGGUAUUGAUCCAUUUGUUGGUGUAAUUCCUGAACUUUAUGGUCCUAUCGGUCGAUUAUUUCAAAGUUACCCUUCAUUUCAUAAGUACACAGAUACACAAAGCGUGAACAAUGAUGAUGAAGUCAGGAAAGCCCUUAUGACGGGUUUUUCAAAUAUUCAAAGUGGAACGCGAUUGGCUGCUGGUAGUUUUUCUACAGAAAAAGCAACUAGAAAAUCUAGAUUAGCAAGCGUAGUCACAUCUGCUGGUAUUCUUGCUUCCACUGGGACUUCUGGAGGUUUGAAAUCUGGGUUGGCUCCAUUUAAUAGUACUUCAGUACAUAUUCCUCAUACCACUAGUAGUUCGUUAACUCCUAUUGAAAUUAAUGCUUCUUUGACAAAUGCUUUUCAACAGUCGCAAACUUCUAGUUCACAAGGAUCUUUGCAGUUAUCAAAUGCUUCAACAAGUGGACAGUCAGUUAAUCAAAAAUUAGGAAAUGUUCCACCUAUAUUGUCUUUAGUUAAUAGAAAUAUACAGGUCGAUCAUUUACAGAAUUUAGCUACAAAUUGGUUAUCAACCUAUUCUCAAAUUAUCUUAAAUCCUCAAAGACCAGAAAUAAACUCAUUGUUACAACUAUUUGGUGCUUGGCUUUUUGAAGCAUCAGUAUCAGGAGUUAAACAAGAUUUAAGUGUUACUGUAAUCAGUCAUCGAGCUACAUUAAUUGAUAGUAAUCGUUUUCUAGUUGGUCGUGCUGAAGCUCUUGGAAUACUAUGUCGAAUAAUGAUCUACGCUCAACGUGGCCGUUUAGCAGAGGAAUAUCUUACACGAUUUUAUUUAUGUCUUUAUUAUGCAUUGGUUGUUGAUCCAACGGUUAAAAAUGAUUAUAUUUUAUGUUUAGUGUUAUUCUAUUCAAUUGAUUUACUUCGUGUUGAUUUACCCGGUAUCAAUAUCUUGAUACCACGUAUAUAUAGUGCUUGUCAGCAUGUUUUAAAAGAAGAAAUUAACAUGAAACCUGAAUUUUUAUCACCAACCUUGGUUCAACGUGCAGCUAUACAUCAGCUUAUGUCAAUGGUAUGUAUUCCUAUUCAAUUUAAAGGCGCACAUUUAAAACCUUUGAUUCCUUUGAUGUCUAAUGAGGAUAAUCCAUGUUCAUUGAAUGAUAUAAAAAAUAUGAUGGUUAAUAUUGUAUGUGAUACGUUGAGUAGUACAGAAGAUCCGGUAAAUUUUCAAUUAUUAUUAAGUGUGGCGUUGGCUUUAAUUGAAGAUAUGUCAGCUGAUGAGAUGCAGUCAUCUAAUAGUCGAACCGACCCUGGCAAAUCUCAUACAACAUCUAGUUUCUUCAAUAUUCUGACACCACUGCUUUGUGGUAAUUUAGUAUAUAAGUGGAAAAAUGAUUCAUCAGUUUUGCUUUAUUUAUUAGAAAUCAUCUCUGGUUUAUCUAGUGUACAUGUUGCACCAGUUGAUCCAUCUACAUAUAGACAUACCGUCCGAUCAAUAUGUGAAUUUAUUACAAAUCAAUGUAACCGUGAAAAGAAAGACCAUAAAAGGCAGCUACAUAGUAUUAUUGUUGCUGCGUAUUAUUGUUUAUCUUCAUGGAUUGUACAACAUGUGAAUUUAUUAUUAUCUGAUCGAGAAUGUGUAUGGACUAUAUUAGAAACAAUUGAAUUGGGCAUUUGUGGUGCUAAAUCUUCAAAUAAACAGGCAAAAAAUGAGCCCCCCACUACUAUUCUCAAAGGUCAAAAACCUUUAGUUCCAUCCUCAAAACGUGUUUGUGAUGCAGCUGAGGCUUGUCUGUCAAAUUUAAUGUCAGUAGCUGGAUCUUUUCCUGGACCAUUCGGGACAGAUACAACAUGUUCUCAGUUAGCAGAAGAUAACAUUUUGAAAUUGAUUAUAGAUGAAGAAUCGAAUUCAUCUAAGGGUCGGUCAGAAUUUCACUAUUUCUGGUCUGAACCCAAUUUAAUAAUUGGAUUGUGCGAAUUUCCUACGAACUCGUUUAAAUCAACCAUAAAACCAAAAAUUGAUAGUUCAAAAGAUGGACCAGCUGCAAUUUUAAUUAUUCGAGGACCAUUUGGACGUCAUGUUUGGAUAACGCAUAUGCGUCUUUCACCAUUGUUGGGAAACGACUCAAAUUCUCAGUCAAAUUAUUCGGAUCAAAAACAAGAAGUAGUAAUUGAUCGUCCUAAACCUUGGGGUUGUUUUCUUGACAGACUUAUCACCACAGUAACCAACAAUGAAAAUGUUCCUGCUUUAAAUUUUCCACAAUCAAUAUCCGAUAUUCCACUUGUUGAAGCUGAUCGUAUAAUACCUUCGCUGGAUAAAGUUGGUGGUGAACUUGGAAGUAAUGUUAGACAAGAAAUUAAUGUAUUCAAGACAUUAAUAACCACACAUGCUUCAUUAGCAAAGGAAGUUGGAUUACGUUGUGUCCAAGAGAAAAUUAAUGCACCUUAUCCUGAUCCAAUCACAGAAGCAAAAGCACCAGUUCCCGUUGUUAGUUUUCACCCAAUACGUUUAUUACUAACACAUUUGGGCUAUUUAUCAAUCGGACCUUCUCAAAUGCCCCAGUCAUUAUGGCCACGUCCAGAGUUAAAACGUGAUAACCAAUCAGGUGAACGUCUUGGUCUUGGGAAUCGACAAAGUCCAUCUUUAACAGCUAAUCGUAUCAUACAGGGGCUUUCGUCUACUUUGCCGUCGAAUAGUACUGAAGACGAACUAUUGCCCUUAUUUCCAUUCGAUGUGGAAAAUCCAGAUUUUGCUGAUAUAUUAACAAAUCUAGACCAUAUGCCGACCAGAACAGGUGAUACGCUUUUGGUUUUUUAUGUUGCUGCUGGUCAGUCAAAAGUUGGUGAUAUUCUUGCGAAUAUGAAGAUUUGGUCAAGACUACCUGAAGCAUUUCAUCAGUUCUUAAGUGGUAUCGGCUGUAUCAAAGAUAUUUCUGAUCAUUCAGGUUGGACAGGGAACCUUCAAACUAGCUAUCGUACAUCAAAUGGAUACUUUGUGACGGGUCACUGUAAUCAGACGAAAAAUAUACAUGCUGACCACUGUCCAGAUGGUAUUCAAUCAAUUAUAUACUAUGCUGAUGCAAUAACAGAAUUAGCAUGCAUUUGUCCCACUAAUCAAUUUUAUGGAAAUGAAGAGAAUUCUGACCCAAACCGUUCGUUAAAGAGUACACGUUAUCGCACUGCUAGCGAAAUCAUAACUAACAUCACUCGUGGGACAAGUCAAAGUGCACUAGGCAUGGGAGAAGUUGGGGCGGACCCGACUGGAGGUCGAGUGGCAGUUGUAUGGCUCGAACGAUGGGAAGAUGGACCUAUGCAUUAUGAGCCAGGAGUUGGAACGAGCAUCCAGAAUAUGACGAGCAAGAAUUUUGACUGCCCUGUCACAAUUUAUAUUCAUCCUUUAAGUUCCGGAUUAUGCAGAGUUGGCAUUAUGCGUCUUCAAGGACGAACAUUUGAAGCUGGUCCAUUACAGAAUGGAUCUGUAUUAAGCCAGCGUUGUCUUAGUAGUUUUGUAAGACAAACUGUUAUAAACUUAUCACGACGACGUCGUUUGGCUUCCGACUCAUUUCAACCUCCUCAUGUUCGACGAAGCCAUGAAUUGUUCAGAUUGGCAGAAGCAAACCGUAAAAUUGUUCGAGUUCAGCCAUCAUCAUCUGGCAAUAAAACUAAUGCAUACUCUUGUAACACAGCGAAUAUUGUGCGUAGUCUUUUUUUUAGACAAACUCAAAUUCACUCUAGCUAAAGCUUUUCAUAUUUUAACUGUAAUAUCCACCAUUGUUGUGAACAAGGACUCCUUCAUAUUUACAUAUCAAACAGAAUGUGUUUUUUUCUUUUUAUUUUCAUACUUCCUUAUCUUACGUAUUUAACAUGUAACUAAAUAUACUUUUACAUUUUA